AUGUAUAAUAAUUUACGUAAAUUAAUUAAUAUAAUUGAUGAGCUAAGAGAUAUAGGAUUGCAAAAAUAUAUAAACUUGCCCCGAAUUUGUGUUGUAGGAACACAAAGUAGUGGUAAAAGCAGUGUUUUAGAAUCUAUUGUUGGUUUAGAUUUCUUGCCAAGAGGAGAAGGUAUUGUAACAAGAAGACCAAUCGAAUUUCGAUUAAUUCACAUUAAUGAAAAUAGUGAAUUUAAACAUUGGGCAGUGUUUGAAAAUGAGAAAAAUAAAAAAUAUGUUGAUUUUAAUGAAGUAAGAGAUCAAAUAAAUAGAUUAACAGAUGAAUUAGCAGGAAAAAAUAAAGGUAUUAUUGAUGAACCUAUAGUAUUAAAUAUUUAUUCUGUCAAAUGCCCAGAUUUAUCUUUAAUUGAUUUACCUGGUAUUACUAGAGUACCAUUGAAAAAUUCUGAUCAAACUGAUGAUAUUGAAAGAUUAACAAGAGAAAUGGCAUUCAGAUAUGUUAAAGAUCCUAGAACAAUUAUUUUGGCUGUUUUACCAGCCAAUGCUGAUAUGUCUACUAGUGAUGCUUUACAAAUUGCAAGAAAAGUAGAUCCUAAGGGACUAAGAACGAUUGGUGUUAUCACAAAAAUAGAUUUAAUGGAUAAGGGAGUUGAUGCUAGUAAAAUGUUGAUGAAUGAUGAAAUCAAUUUAAGACUAGGAUAUACAGGUGUAAUAAAUAGAUCAACAGAAGAUAUAAAAAAAGGAAAAAGUAUACCUGAAUCUUUAAAAGAUGAACUAGAAUUUUUUCAAAAUCAUCCAGUAUAUAAAAAAUUACCUCCAUCUUUGUAUGGUACUAAUUCACUUACUGAUAAAUUAACCAAAGUUUUAUUAAGACAUAUAAAAAACUUUUUACCUGAUAUAAAAGUAGAAAUUAAUGAUAAAAUGAGAUUAAUAAAUGACAAAUUAUACGAACUAGGAAAUAAUGUACCUAUUGAUGCAACAAAGAAAACACAAAUAUUGUGGUCAAUGAUUAGUGAUUAUUGUGAAAUUUUUAAGAAUACUUUAAAAGGAAAAUAUGAUAAAAGAUUACAGGUUUUUAUUGAAAAUAAUGAUAUUAUAUGUGGACUUAAAGUUAGAAGUAUUUUUAACGAAUUUUUAGAUGAUUAUGUUGGAAAAAAUGUAACUAGUGAAUUAACAGAUAACGAUAUUGAUGAUGCCAUUUGUUUGCAUGAGGGAGAUAGUUUACCUGGAUUUCCUUCCCCUGAUACUUUUGAAUUUUUAAUUUUACCACACUUAAAAAAAAUUAAUGCACCUGUAUUAGACUGCUUAGAUAAAGUAAGUCAAACACUAGAAAUUUUAUCUCAGAAAAUUGCUAAUCGUGUUCUAAAUAGAUUCCCUAAAUUAUCAGAGCAAGUAUUAGAGCUAUCUCAAAAUAUUUUACUUAGAGAAAAAGAAAAUACACAAAAUAUUUUAGAGAAUUUUAUUGAAGCAGAAACAAAUUAUUUAUUUACAAAUGAUGUUUCAUAUUUAAUAGAACAUGGUAGUAUUAUUAAUGCAACUGAAGAAGAUCAAAAUGAAAAUGUAAAUCAAAAUUAUAAUCAACAGAAACAGCAAUCUAACAUGCCCAAUUCCAAUGUUGAUAAUGUGCAAAACAAAUAUUUUCCAAAUAUGAUGAAUGAUCAAGAAUACAUCACUGGAAAAGCUGCUAAAUUUGUGAACAGUGCACAAAAAUCAGUCAUGAAUAUUUGGAAUGCAAAGGAAAAAAAAAAAACAAGGUACAAUUCACAAUUUAUUCAGGAGAUUAGACGUAGAUUAGAUUGUUAUUUUAAUAUUGUUUUAAGAAAUGUUAGAGAUAGCGUACCUAAGAUUAUUGGGUACUUUUUAAUAAGAAAGUUGCAGGAAAAAAUGCAGUUUGAAUUAUACUCAGAUUUAAACAGCGAGCAAAAAUUAUAUGAAUUAUUAAAUGAACCACCUAAUGUAGUAAAAGAAAGAGAAGUCCUAAAUAAACAGUUAGAAAUAUUAAAAAAAGCCAACCAAGUCCUUUUAAAAGAUCCAAAUAUUACUUCUAUUAAUUUAGAUUUAUUUGAUGCUAAUUAUGAACAAGAUUUAAUAGAUUUUCAAAAAAGUUUAAAAAGCAGUAAUAAUCAGUAUUCACUUAAUAUGCAUAAUCAACACUUUAAACCAAAUCAUAACACUUCUCAAAACAACAUGCAUAAUAUUAAUGACAAUUUGUCUUUAAGCAAGCGCAAUCAUAUAAAUUCAAGUCCAAAUACUUCAUCUAAUUCAUUAAAUUCAAAUUUAAUGAAACAUAAUAGUAUGCUAAAUCAAAAGAUAAGUAAUGGCCCAUCUUAUAGCCAGCAAACACAUAUCAAUUCUGAUUCAAAAGGAAAACAUUUAUUUGAAAAAGAGCCUUUAAAGAAAAAAGUACAAUAUAACCCUUUAUUCGAUUAG